GCCGAAGUUGUUACGCGGGUCUUUCUAUUCGAUAUGAGCCGUGAAGGCCCGCAUGUAACCUCACGUCGUCCAGAUGCGCGAAUCGCGUACUGCGACUUCGGACCGAUAGCCUUGUUAUGUUCCUUGAGCUGCGUUGAAACUCAACUCUGGGUCACUUCGUGCUUUCUCUUGGUGAUUUUCAUCACGAUAAGUAUAAUCCGCGUGGACGAAAGUCACGAUGCAUCUCCUACCGAUUCGCAUCAUCUACCAUGCGCCCAUUACUCUGAGUGAUGGGACUGUGCUCUCAGCCAUGAUCUGGCUGCCAGAGAACGCAGAAUCUAAUCCGGUACCUGCUAUUUUAGAGUACUUGCCGUACCGCAAACGCGAUAUGACAGCUGAGCGUGAUGCAAUGAACAUGCCAUACGUUGCGGGCCGCGGGUACGCCUGCGUCCGUGUAGAUAUGCGCGGUACAGGUGACUCCCAAGGCUUGAUCUUGGGCGAGUAUUUGAAGCAGGAACAGGACGACGCGCUUGAGGUCUUGCAAUGGAUUGCAGCGCAGAAGUGGUGCACUGGGUCUUGUGGAAUGAUCGGCAUAUCUUGGGGUGGCUUCAACUCGCUGCAAGUUGCUGCGAGAAAACCAAAGGAACUGAAGGCCAUUGUUUCGAUGUGUUCGACCGACGAUCGAUUUAAUGACGACAUUCACUAUAUGGGUGGCUGCCAGCUGACUGAAAAUUUCACCUGGGCAGCUUCAAUGUUCGCAAUCAACUCGUGUCCUCCCGAUCCCGCAAUUGUAGGAGACCAAUGGCGAGACCUCUGGCUGCAGCGCCUCAAAUCUGGAGGCUUCUUCGCAAAGGAGUGGCAUGAGAACCAAAGACGGAACGACUUCUGGAAGCAUGGUUCCAUAGGCGAGGACUACAGCUCCAUUGAGGCCGCGACUUACCUAGUAAGUGGAUGGCAGGAUCCAUACACCAACACAGUCUUCAGGAUGCUAGAGAAUCUCAAAUGCCCUAAGAAGGGUCUCGUGGGUCCUUGGGGUCACAAAUAUCCAAACUUUGCGAAGCCUGGCCCGCAGAUUGGCUUUUUGCAGGAAACGGUUCGAUGGUGGGAUAAGUGGCUGAAGGGCAUUGACGACACGGGCAUCAUGGAUGAGCCUCAGCUUCGGUGUUACCUGCAAGAUCCCGCUCCCCCGGCUCCUCACGACAAGUUUCGCCCUGGCCAGUGGGUGGCAGAAAACAAGUGGUCCGACGAAAAGGCGCUGACGCGCCGAAUGGGCCUGGUGCCAGGACGGCUGACCGAAAAACCUUCAUCUUGUCGCGAAGACGCAAAGAUGGAGAUUUGCUCCCCGCAAACGCUUGGCUUUGCAGGGGGAAGAUGGUUGAUAUUUGGGGUAGAAGGCGAAGGCCCAUCUGAUCAGCGCCUGGAAGCUGGUGGCAGCCUCGUUUUUGAUACCCAGCCUCUGAAAGAGCCCCUCGAUCUGCUUGGUGCAGCUGUUUUGAACGUCCGCAUUGCCAGUGACAAGCCCGACGCCUUGUUAGCUGCAACGCUUUCGGAGGUUUUACCAGGUGGCGCUGCCACAAGAGUUUCCUAUGGUCUGCUCAAUCUCACUCAUCGCGAUAGCCAUGAAGACCUCAAAGCACUUGAACCGGGGAAGUUUUACGAUGUCAAGCUGAAACUCAACCACUUUGGGCAACGUCUCGGUGUGGGUAGUCGUCUCCGCCUUGCAUUAUCCUCCACGUAUUUCCCCAUCGUCUGGCCAUCUCCUGAGAUGACUACACUCACGAUCGAUACUGGAUCCAGCUCCAUUGACUUGCCCGUACGCACCGACAAUUCGCUGGACUCUCAGCUCAAGCCUUUCAGACCAGCAAUCAAUGGCUCUCUUGCAAAGACCCAGAUACGCCCUGCUAACCACAAGAACUUCGUGAAGCAAGAUUGGGAUACUGGACGCACGGAGCUUGUGGUGGAUUGGGACGACGGCAAAUGGGAAAUUGAGGAGACUGGAUGGCGCUUCGGGUGGACUACGCCGAUGGUCAUGGGCAUCCAUCCUACUGAUCCAUUGUCUGCGGAGGUAUACCAAGGCAUGGAGAGGGAAUUUGAACGUGGCGAUAUUAAAGUCGGUUUCAAGGGUUGGACGAAGAUGAGGGCGACAGCUACCGAGUGGAUAAUGACUGCGCGGAUCGACGCAUGGGAAGGAGAUAAGGCUAUAUUUGGACGGGACUAUGAUUUCAAGGUUCCUCGCGAUCAUGCGUAGACUCUUAGCUUAGACG